AGGAAGAGCUUCUUGUAUAUAUAGAUAUAUACAGGAUUUCAAAAAUCAGAUGGCAAUUCAGUGUUUCAAUCCAACUGUAACUAUAACUCCAACUUAUCAUCAAUUUUACUAAACCUAAACAACACAAAUUCACGCUAACUAGAAUUCUAUGAUAUAUAUACUCUAGAUUCUCCCCUGAUACUUUUGUAUCCGAUCCACCAUGGAUUUCAAAAAGAGCAACAAGAAAACAAAAACAAACCAUGAAAACACCGACGAACCAACAACUGCUAUGAUAGAGAGCCUACCUCUUGAUUUAGCCAUCGACAUAGUUUCAAGGCUACCCAUAACCUCUCUAAUUCGAUUGCGAUUCACAAGUCGAACCUUUCAAAUAUUAUCAAACUAUCCUCAUCUCGCUGAACUUCAAUAUUACCGGACAUCGAAGAACAACCCGUGUCUGAUGUUCCAUAGUUAUGAUCCAAUCCACAACCAGCUUUGCUUUGCAGAACUCUCCGAUCACAACAAUCAGAUUGUGAGAAAACUCAGCACGCCUUUCUUCGAUGUGUUGUUGCCUGAGUUCAACAUAAUAGGUUCUUGUAAUGGUUUGUUAUGCUUAUCAGACAAUGUAAAUGGCGAUACAAUGUAUAUAUGCAAUCCUUUUACAAGGGAAUUCAAAGAGCUGCCAAAAACAAUAGAGUUUGGGGAGCAAAAGGUCGUGUGUGGAUUUGGGUUCGAUCAUGUGAGUCAUGUGUACAAGGUUGUUAAAGUAAUUUACUAUUGGAAAAGACAUAACAAAAACCCGCCUUCCCCCUAUUUUAGAAUCCAUAAUUACCGUGCACGAUCAGAGGUCUUCGUAUACAGUAGUUGGAGUCCUGGUUGGAGAAGUCUCGGACGGGUACAUUUACCUCACAAGCUCGAGCAACGAUCAUCAGAAGCAUUGGUGAAUGGAAGACUUCAUUGGUUGACUUUGCGGCAUAAAUGUGAAAGUCGUUAUGCACGGAGCAUAGUAUCUUUCGAUUUAGGUGACGAAAAAUUUAGAGAGGUCCCGAGACCAGGUGGGCAAGAAAGGUGUGACUAUCAUUUGUCAGUGUUAAGAAAAUGUCUUUCCGUGGCAUUUUGUGAUUACGAGGAUUUGGGGAUUUGGGUUAUGAGAGUGUACGAUGUGAAAGAGUCUUGGAUCAAGGAGUUCAACAUUGGAACUAGUUCUGUGCCUCGGGUGGUGUUGAAACCAGAAUUGAAGCCAUCGUAUGCGAUUUGA